AUGAUUCAAAUACACCCAGAACCCAGCGGCAUCAUAACAGCAUCACUGCACUCUCUGGACAUGAGCCGCAAGGAACAGCUGUCGCAUCUGCAGAGCUGGACACUGGCAGGUCGUCAUGCCGACAGGCCAAAUUCCAGUCCUCAGCAUCGCAUCCCUGGAAGCACGAAGGGGGAAGGUUUGUGCUUCCAGGGAUCGGCCCGGGACGUCAGCGCGGACCGUAUCGAUAAGUACCCGAGUGAGAGGACACGGGCGCUUCGGUGUGAUGUGCUGAGGAAGGGAAAAGCCGACAGAGGAGGACGAGAGCAGCGUAAUGAGCAGGUCUGCAGCAGCCAGCCUCUGCAGUGCUGCUGCAGUGUGCACAGGGACAGACUGGAGGCUCCGCGCAGCACCACCAACGUCCACUCCCAAACCUCCUGGCCUCCUUCAGGACUAGUUUUGGCCUGGGAUUAG